UUCUAUAGCAGAAAUAAACCUUAUCACACAAAAAGCAUCGUGUUGCGAACCCUGGCCCAAUCUGUGUUUAGAUAAACCGACACUCUCACAGGGAAAGAAGCUUAUUCCAAAUUCAGAUUUCUACAUGAGAACUUAUCCUCCGUAAGUAUGAGCCGAUCACUCGAUGAAACUCCACUCUCGCUAAUUUACACGAUCCCCUUGUGCGAAACUGACGCCCAACUGGUUGGCGUCUUCAACGUUGGAAUAGUCGUCGUUAUUUUUGCCAUAAUCGGAUGGCACGGAUUAGUAGGGAGUGCACCUUACGGCAAGAGUGCGUGGGAGGUGACGAAGCCGUUAUCCUUAAUUUGGUGCUACCCGAUCAACGCGAGAUUCACUUGGAUGUUUGGCCACUUGCCCACCAUAGUGAUUCCUUGGGUCGUCAUACUAUAUAGUCCGGCCAAGUAUAUGUACAAUUUUGCGAAUUUGUCCGUAUUUAUUCUGUUCUAUGUGCAUUGCUUCUACCGGACGGUUUUAUAUCCGAUUCAAAUCUCCAGAAAUGCCACUCCCACACCGGUUUGGUUCCUUUGCAGUAUUUUUGGCAUGACCGUAAUUCACAUUUUUGUUGAGACGCAUCACAUGGUCAACAUUUUACAGUUGGAAUCGUUCUCCAUGACAGCUGUCAUAGGAAUUCCCAUCGGGCUGUUGGGAGGAUGGAUUAAUUGGCGCCACGAUUUUGCCCUAACACAACUUCGCAAUGAAGGAAAAGGGUACCAGAUUCCGCGUGGGGGGCUAUUUGAGAUUGUUUCGUGUCCAAAUUAUUUAGGAGAGCUGCUAAAAUGGUGGGGUACUGCGUUGAUGACCUCGUUUGGUUCUGUCCAGGUCAUGUUUGCCAUCUACUGCACAAUCUUUCUUGGCUUAAGGGCUAAUUUUACCCAUAAUUGGUACAAGUCAACAUUUGGGCAUAGUUAUCCUUCCACUCGAAGGGCAAUGAUUCCUGGAUUAUUUUGAUUUUUUGGUACAGGAAAUUUAGAAUUGAUGUUGUUAUACACGCCCCCAUCAAAAAAUAAGACAUUGUACUUAAACUAUGUACAGACAAACAGACGUAUGUAUGUAAUUAACGAUACUUUAUAUUUAAGAGUAAUGUAAAGCUACUUAUGUAAUUAUUAUGACUGCGGUAAUGAUACUGGUUCAUUCAAUGUUCUCACAUUAACCUUUUUGCCCCGCCGCAAGUUUCUAUCGGAUGUAUCUUCAUCAUUAGCUUUUAUUGCGUGAAAUUUUACGCGGAUGCUUCCAUGUUUUCUCAAAUUUCAACAACAACAAAACUCCUCGUGUAAUUUACGUACAUACUAGAGUAAAAGCCCGUCCAAGGACGGGGCCUGUGCCUCCCAGUACGGGGCGUGGAAAAGCAAAAAAUCCGUCAUAUAUUAAAUACUUCCCAGGGUCUACUGGUCACGGUGAGGUCACAGACCCCAAGUGUCUUAUAUAUUCUAGAAGGUCUUUAUAAAACCUUUCGAAUAACACCCCAUUUGAUGGGUGACAUCGGUUGAAAUUUUGGUGACCUGUGACCUUUGACCUUGAAUGUUUGAAUGGCGUGACCUACACUACUCAAACUAUGACCACUCUCACCGCCUAAAACUAACCUUUCGAAUGCGGUACCAUAUGUUGUUGUAUGUCGUCUGGCGCCUGAGUUAGCUUUUGACCGUUAUUCUAGGUCACGGUGAGGUCACAGCCCCCAAGUGUCUUAUAUAUUCUGGUAGGUAUAUAAAAAACCUUUCGAAUGAUACCCGAUUUGUGCGGGGUUAUGGAUUGAAAUUUUGGUGACCUAUGACCGUUGACCUUGAAUGACGUGACCUACAUUAUUCAAACUAUGACGGCUCCCACCCUCUUUGACCAAGCUUUCGAAUGCGCUAUCAUACGCUACUGUAAGUGGUCAGAUGACGGAGGAGUUCAUGCCGACACAAAUCGGUCGUGCUGAAUUAAGUAAUAGGAUGCUUAGCAGGUUUUAGUAUCGGUAAUUAUGUUUGUACAUAUGUAUUACAACGUACAUAUGUACAUACGUCCAUGUACUGUACAUGUAAUUAUUAUGCUAGUCAAAUACUGUAGCCAUUUUUAACCAAAUAUAUUUUAUUGCUAUGUACACAUGUAUAGAUAUGCCUCUAGUUAUGGAUGUGUAUACCUAAGUAGAAUAAUAACACGAGUGUUUUUUGUGUAA